AUGUCCAUGAGGUCGCAUAGAGUACCAGAAGAAUAUGUGAGGUGGACGAAGCUGCUUUAUGCGAAGCCUACCAGCGUUGUACGAUGUGCUGUUGGAACAAGCAGGCCAUUCCCUGUACGAGUAGGGGUUCAUCAGGGUUCAUCCCUCUCACCUCUGCUGUUCAUACUGUGCAUGGACACGAUAACGAAGGAAAUCCAGAAGCAGCAUCCGUGGACUCUACUCUUUGCCGACGAUGUCAUGCUCGCGUCGGAGUCUCGAGAUGAUCUUCAGAAACAGUGCGUCUUGGAAGGAUCAGCUGCGCAAUAUGGAUUGCGCCUCAACACAUCAAAAACUGAGUACAUGGAGUGCGGACCAAGGAUAGAGGAUGGUUCAAUUCGUGUUGAUGGCACCGAAUUAAACAAGGUGAACUGCUUCGGUACCUUGGCUCCAAAGUGA